AUGGAGACGGUUUACUGUGGAUAUACUUUGAGGCUGGAUACAAGACAUUCCGAUUUCUCUGGCCUGCCGACCGCUGUAUUCAACUUCUCGGUCAAGUGGCACCAUUUGCUAGUGUUCGUGGAUCAACUGGGGGAGCCAAUAAAUGUUCAAGACACUACGUUGUCUGAGUCGAGUCAGUCGCUUGAGAUGCCACUCGGUAUCCUACCAUGGCAAUCCCUCUGCGAAACGCACGUGGAGAGAGUUCUCUAUGCUUUGGGUGUUCAUAGCAGCUUUUGGGAUGAUAUCGUAAGAAUGAUUAUGUGCACGGCAUUUCGAGGAUCGGGUCAUGGCCAUCGACAGUUUAACAUGAACAUAAAUUUGGAUUUGGCCACGAAGGAGGAAGUCGAAAUGGAAGACAUCACUGGAGGAUACGAGUCGGAUACCGACCAAGUGGCGCGGGGCGUCUCCAGAAGCACCAUCGAAAACCUCGAGCGGAAGAGCUGCUCUGUCCUGGACAGUGACGGAUGCUGCUGCAUUUGUUUAGAGGAACUGAAUGGGGCGGAUAAAGUGAUGGAGAUACCAUGUUCGCACCACUUUCACAGCAAAUGCAUCGUCGAGUGGCUCGAGGGGAAUGACUCGUGUCCGCUGUGUCGUGGCAAAGUAGAAAUAGAAGAUCCCGAGUAG